AUGUCUAAAAUAGGCAUUGAUGUGAUUCAAAGGAUGCAAUCUGCUUCUGUUGGACGCUUUAAAGAUUCAUUAGGUAUGAUAAUUUAUAAUAGUAAAAAAUUAAAUAGUAACCCAUUAACUAAGGAUGCUAGUACUUGGCAUCAAAGC